UUAGAACCUCGCAGGAGCGUAUGUUGAGAAAGCUCUGUGGCUUAGCUAGCUAAGGAAAAAUAGAAAAAUAAAAUUUCUGAGUUUGAGUUAUGGACAAGAAUCCUACGCGAUACAAUGUACAACUGUAUAUUUAUGAUUUGUCCAGAGGAAUGGCUCGGAGCCUUAGUCCUAUAAUGUUGGGAAAGCAGCUGGAUGGGAUAUGGCACACAGCUAUAGUGGCAUAUGGUGAUGAGUUCUUCUUUGGAGGGGAGGGGAUCUCCAGCUGUUCUCCGGGUGGGACUAUGCUGGGGCCUCCUGACACAGUGGUGGAGCUCGGUGAGACUGAAGUCUCUGAGGAGAUCUUCAUGGAUUACCUCUCUUCCCUGGGAGAAAGCACAUACAGAGGUGACAGGUAUCGUCUGUUUGAGCACAACUGCAACACUUUCACCAACGAGGUGGCUCAGUUCCUGACUGGCAGGCCUAUCCCGUCCUACAUCACCGACCUUCCAUCUGAAGUCCUCUCUACACCAUUUGGACAAAUACUGCGGCCCAUCCUGGACUCUAUUCACAUCGCCCCUCCGGGAGGAAACGUCAUCAACGGGGGACGAAACAUGUAACCUGAGAGAGUGCAGAGUAAUCUCGAGGUAUUCCAGUGUAGUCAGUCAGUGUGAAGUCUCAAUCGUUCUUUUUUUCUUUCUUCAUAUACAUCACUAAUAUAUAAUAUAAUGAAUGACUUGGGAUUGGGGGGGUAUUAUUUGACACUUUAGCUUUUCAGGAGUGAAAAGCCGUCGAGUAUGUUGAGUCAUGUUUUGUAUAGAAGAGGUUUGAAGCACUGAAACAUUGUUUUGACUUUAAAAAAACAGACUUUGUAGUAUUAAGAACAGCUCAUGUGGUAGCUGUAACUAAUCCACCUACGAUAUAACUUAGUUUUGUACUGAGGUACAAAAUGCUCUUUUAUCUUAAAGCUGAAAUUCAUUUGGUCACAUGUUUGAUCACAAUUUUCUCGCUCCGUUUGCACGACUAAUAUUUUUAAUAACACUCACCUCUGAGGAUCUUCUGCUGCUGACUACAGUGGAUUGAAAUCUCAGCAUAUCAAUUUCCAGUGGAUAAAGACUGACAUGAACACAAUGGCUGAUUAAUGGAGAGGUUUUUUUUUUGUUUUUUUUUCCAUUUUGGUCAAUCAUGUUUUGAUUUUGCACUUUUAUGUUGUUAAUUUUCCAUCUUCUGUUCUUUUGUACCUGUAAUCUUUGUCUUUGUUUGUAUUUAGGUCAACUAAUGUGGAUGCCUACUUACAUGAUCGCUCCAUUUGUCACAGAGUGCGAUGUAACAUACAGCAGGUGAUUGAUUGUCUAUACCACGCCAAGGUUGUAAGACUAGAGUGUAUAGACUGUAUAUAAAAUAUGAUUGUAGCCGUGGUGGUGGAUUGGCUUGAGAGGUCACCAGUAGAAGCCUCCAAUUGAGCGUUUUGGCCACACCCUUUUUUGUACCCAGACUUGUUAACAGUUAAAUUCUGUGUUUUUUUUAUUUUUUUUUUUUUUAAAAAGACCGUAAAUGAGACUAUAAACUCCUCAGACAGUGUUUACUGUGAUAAUAGAUGAUGUGAUCAGUACUAUAAUUCUACACAGUCAGGCUUCUUUUACCUGACUAUGGCUACGUUCACACUGCAGGUCUUAAUGCUCAAUUCCGAUUUUUUGAUCAAAGCCAAUUUUUUUUUUUUU